UCGUUACAACUUCCUCCAUUGAAGCGCCAUUUUCGGCCUCGUCACGGGAUUACAGCAUGCUGUUCUCAAACAGAUAAUAAGACAAGUGUUUAGAGUUUUGAUACCGGUUUUCCAGUAUUUCAUAAAAUGGGGCGAAAAAAGAAGAAGCAGAUGAAGCCAUGGUGCUGGUACUGUAAUCGAGACUUCGACGAUGAAAAGAUCCUCAUUCAGCAUCAAAAGGCAAAACAUUUUAAAUGCCACAUUUGCCACAAGAAGUUGUACACUGGCCCUGGCUUGGCUAUUCAUUGCAUGCAGGUGCACAAAGAGACGAUUGACAGCGUACCAAAUGCAAUUCCAGGAAGAACAGACAUCGAGCUGGAAAUCUAUGGCAUGGAGGGAAUUCCAGAUAAAGACAUGCAGGAACGAAGGCGAACGUUAGAACAGAAAUCACAAGAGAGUCAAAAGAAGAAGUCAAACAAUCAGGAUGACUCUGAUGAGUCUGAUGAUGAUGAAGCUGGACCGUCAGCUCAGCAGGUCGCUGUGGUCCAGGCCCAGGCAGGCUAUGCUGGUCCAAUGGCACAACCUGGGAUCCCUCCUGUGGCUGGUGGACCAGUGAUUCCUCCUGCAGGGUAUCAAGGAAUGCCUCCUAUGAUGCCUGGUGUUCCUCCCAUGAUGCAUGGCAUGCCUCCUGCAAUGCCUGGAAUGCCACCAGGUCAGAUCAGUGUGUCCAAUUUUUGCAGUAUGAUGCCAAUGGGAGGGAUGAUGCCCCCAAUGAUGCCAGGGAUACCUCCGGCAGUCCCACCUCACAUACCCCCAAGGCCAGGAAUUCCUCACAUGGCCCCAGCCCCUGCAGUCACUCGACCAGCAGCACCAGCGGCCCAGCCCGCUGUCACCAAACCACUCUUCCCCAGUGCAGCACAGGCCCAGCAGACUGUUCCAGGAGUCGCAGGAGCUUCAAGUUCCCUCAGCACGGCCGCCUCCACUGACCCACCCAAAGCAACAUUCCCUGCCUACACCCAGCCCUCUGUCUCUUCUUCUUCCACUUCUUCUAAUCCCUCUAGCAGCACUGUGGCCAAACCCCCAGCCACAGUGACCAGUAAGCCUGCUACCCUCACCACCACGAGUGCAACUAGUAAGUUGAUCCACCCUGAUGAGGAUAUCUCACUGGAAGAGAUGAAGGCCCAACUUCCUCGUUACCAGCGUCUUGCACCAAGACCUGGUCAAGCCCAUGUGGCUGCUCCCCCAGUGGCAGCUGUGGGUGGUAUAAUGCCCCCACAGCAAGGCUUGCCACCACAGCAGCCAGGCAUGAGGCAUCCCAUACAUGGUCAGUAUGGUGCCCCUCCUCAGGGCAUGCCAGGCUACAUGCCUGGAGGAAUGCCUCCAUAUGGGCAGGGGCCUCCCAUGGUGCCCCCUUACCAGGGAGGCCCUCCCAUGGGUAUGAGGCCUCCCGUCAUGUCUCCGGCUGGACGCUACUGAAGCAGCAAAGCAACCUGCACAUUAGGUUUGAGGUUAACACCUUUCUAUCACCCUUGUGCUUUUUCAAACCUAGCUGCAAGCAAAGAGCAUAAAGACCAACGGUGGUGAAGACAAAUAUUUGUUAGAACACAUGGACAUUUAACGUAACAUCUUUAUUUGAAAACAGCCAAACACCACAUAAGUUUUUAACAACUAUAACGUUGUUAACUAAUUACAUGUGAGGAUAUAUUUUUCCCCUUAGGUUUCACUCAGGUUCAUAGAAGUGAAGUGUGUUUAAAUGAUUCAUAUUUCUUUUGAAGCUGCUGGAGUUUCAUGAACGUACCAACUCCUUACAAAGGCAAGUUUCUCUUGUAAACAUUUAAUCUUAUUUUUGUUUAUUUUUUGGGGUGGAAUGAUUGAGGCCCUCACAGCAUGCUUAGAUGCUGUUGGACAUUCGUCCCCAACCUUGGUUGGUGAGGGUCUCAGAAACUGGUUCCAGUUACAUAGUCUAUAAACUCCAUGACUCAUCAGGCUCUAGUUUUAUUCUUUUUUUCAGGUUUGAUUUAAAUAUUUCCUGGUCCUAAGUCUACUUGUAUGCAUCCUUUGUAAUGUUUUAUCAAUCUGUUGUAAUAAAAUCCAUCUUGAAAUCCAA